CUGACUUAUUAUCCAAGUCGGGCCAGACCUAAAACCCUAAAAGCCCUAAGAAGAGACGCAAGUGAGCUGCUUGCUGCUGCAACGAUCGUCUCCUCUUGACCCCAAAUCUCGCCUGGCAAUUCACCUCUCUCCCGUCUCCGCCGCUUUCACCGCUUUCAGUUGAGGUUCGUCCAUUUGCUUCGCCGUCGCUUACCGGAAUAUACUCCCUCCCUUUCCUCCUCCUUGUUCUCUACUCGUCUUCGUUUUCUGUGGAUUCGGAGAGUUGGAGCGAUCUCUGCGUCCACGAUUUUUUGACUCUCUCUUUUCUGCUGUUUCAGUAAUGGCUUCGAAGAACAACCCCAGGGUUCCUUCCGCCCAAGUGGGAUCUGCGCUGGUGAAGUUUGGAGUCGCCGCUGGAAUUGCCGUUUACGCCGCUGCGAACUCCCUCUACAAUGUUGAAGGUGGCCACCGUGCCAUCGUCUUCAACCGGAUUACCGGCAUCAAGAAUAGGACUUUCCCAGAAGGAACCCACUUUAUCUUCCCGUGGUUUGAAGUCCCGAUUAUCUAUGACGUCAGGGCUCGCCCUCAUCUUGUGGAGAGUACAUCUGGAAGCCGUGAUCUUCAAAUGGUCAAGAUUGGCCUUCGAGUCCUUACCCGUCCGGUCGCGGAAGAGUUGCCCACAAUCUUUAGGAGCCUUGGUACCAAUUAUAAUGAGAGAGUGCUGCCUAAUAUCAUUCAUGAGACUCUGAAAGCGGUGGUUGCGCGGUACAAUGCCAGCCAGCUCAUCACCCAGAGAGAGGCUGUUAGCAGGGAAAUAAGGAGCAUCAUGACAGAGCGGGCAAAGCAUUUCAACAUUGCACUGGACGAUGUGUCCAUAACCAGUCUGACUUUUGGGAAAGAGUUCACUGCUGCAAUUGAGGCGAAACAAGUGGCUGCUCAGGAGGCAGAGAGGGCUAAGUUCAUUGUGGAGAAGGCUGAACAGGACAAGAGGAGUGCCAUUAUCAGAGCAGAGGGUGAAGCCAAGAGUGCUCAGCUGAUCGGACAAGCAAUUGCAAACAACCCUGCUUUCAUCACCCUGAGGAAGAUUGAAGCUUCCAGAGAGAUUGCACAGACAAUGUCCCAUUCGUCGAACAAGAUCUUCCUUGCCUCGAACGAUUUGCUGCUGAACCUCCACGAGUUGGAGAUGAAGGCCACUGGGAAGAACUAGUUCAUUGGAUCUUCUCUCCUGAAUCUGAGGACGGGACGAGAUGGAUGGUUGUCUGCUACUUUUCGUUACUGUCUUUGUUGCUUGGAAUCAAAAUUGAUGAAUCAAUCAUCUCUUUGUUGUUAGGUUUGGCAUUUUGGAACGAGUAAAAACUUACUGUGGCUUAGCUGUGAUCAGGAUGUAGAUAAGACAGGCUAGUCUGUUGUGUUUUGAUUGAAAGAUCAAAAUUACAAUGGAGAGGGGGAUUUCCUCGAGAAACAAUGGACGGCAGUAUGGGAAUGAUCAACAACUUUGAAAUGAUGCCAUGAACUAUACUUUUGGUGCAUGAUUUGUUUCGCUCUUCCAUAUCUCUUCUGUUUCUGAUUGCCUUGUAAGAUGUCGAUUCUCCUUUCUUUCUCUAUUUCUUCGUAUGUUGGUAACUGGAAAGCUCCAAACUUUGGUUUCACUUGUUCAGUUGUUUGGUAGGAAACUACUUUUCAAUGGAAGCUGCGUGAAAUAACAAUAUAUAUAUGUUUACAUUAUUACAAUAUAUAUAUACAUGUUUAACUGUUGAAAUAACCAAAAAAAACUGUACAUAAAAUAAAUAAACAGAAUGAUU